CAACACUGUCCUUGUUCGUUGAGGUACAAUGGACCCCUCUGCUUACGCAGCGCUCCCUAGAGCAGUGGUAGAUAACGGUUCUGGCUUGCUUAAGUUUUCACUCGCUUCUAGUGUCAAGCCGCCGUUUGUAUUGCCAAACUGUAUUGGACAUCCUAAGCGUAAAUUCACUUCUCAAAACCUUGCCGACGGAAGUGCUUCUGGCGGGGAUGACCAUGGCGCUAUUGGUGACGGCUGCUAUAGUCUAUGGGAAUAUUUCUGCUUAAGACCAUUUUCCGAUGGGAUGCUAUACGAGCCAAAUAGGCAGCGGAACAUAUGGAAGAAGGUUAUGGGCAACCCUCAUAUACAGAUAAAUGGGUCCCCUGCGAAUCUGCUAGGGGUCAAUCCCGCCACUACUGCUUUACUCAUUACUGAGCCUAACAUGUCGCCGGCUAUGUGUCGGCAGACCAUGGCGGAGAUGAUAUUUGAGGACCUUGGGUUUUCUUUGGCGGCCAUCAUCACAUCGCAGGCUGCCAGUAACUUUUACUACACUCAGGUUACCCAGCAGAAGCGUGGUCUAUCACCUGAUUUGGCGCUUAGUACUGUGCCGAAAUCUGGCGCAAGACAGGAAAACAGAUCCAAAUGCUGCCUUGUGUUAGAUUGCGGGUUCGGUGCCACGCACUCCGUCCCUUUCGUGGAGGGCAAACCUAUACAGCGUGCUGCCUUACGCAGUAACAUUGGCGGGUCACAUCUCAAUGCUUACCUCAAGAACGUAUCUGCUAUACGCACUAUAAACCUGGAGUUUAACGAACUGAUGGUACAGCACAUGAAGGAGGAAUCCUGUUACGUCUCAUUGGAUUUCGACCUUGAGUUACGUGCUGCAGCUCGAUUGCGCACCGUUAGGGGACACCAGUGCUUACUGCAUGAGUACAAGCUGCCGUUGUUCACAGCUAAGAAUAAAAACCAUGUAAUCAAACACUUCAUGUCCCAUGGUCCUAUGACCGAGCCUCUGCUGAACGAGUCACGGCGACACGUUGUGCAUAAACUGGCCAACCAUGAACCGUUGUGUCCAAGUGAUCUUGAACUUUUGGGUGUAAAACAGGAACCCGAGCCUGAUGAAGUUACGCAAAGCCAGGAUUCAGCAUGGUCAAAUACGGAACUGGAUAACUCAGUUGACGACAAGAACAAGAACCAAGUGGCUACCCUGGGUGUAGAACGCUUCCAAAUACCAGAGUUACUAUUUAACCCUCAGGAUCUGGGUCUAGAAGAGUGUGGCAUAGCUGAGCUGGCACAUCGGACUAUAAUUCUAUCACCACCGUGUAUACAACGUGAUCUCGCAAACAAUAUUCUGUUAACUGGCGGCAGUACUAAGUUUCCUGGGUUUGAACGGAGACUGCAUGACGAGUUAUGCAAGCUGCUACCGGCGGAGUGGGAUGUCCAAAUACAUUCAUCGUUAGACCGUGCGUUAACUUCUUUUUACGGCGCCAGAAUGUUUGCUAAAGACGAUUCCACGUUCCUGGAGGCUGCUAUUACCAGGAACUACUACCUCGAGCACGGUGGAAUCUACCCUAGGAGGUGAUUCCGCGAACACAUCUGUAGUGUGUAGACAAUAUCGCAACGU